UUUCGUAGGUUACUGAAACUGUAAGCGCAAAUAAAAACAAACAGAAGCCAAAAGCCAAGACGGGCCGACGAGUUAAUUUUUAAUUCAUUGUUGCAGUUUUGGCAAUUGCUUUACGAAGUGAAUGUCCUAAUCUUCCGGAAACAUGAGUCACAGGGAUGGUCAUCAUGGACGGGGUAGACGUGGAGGUGGUCAUCGUCAAUGGAGGCCACAAGUUGGAGAAAGAGGAAAGCAGGUCAUUGAGGGCUUGGAUGAAAACUCGCCAGUGAUUCAAAGCUUUCGGAAGUUUGCUACAGAGCUGGACGCCAAACACGAUAGAUAUGAGCGUCUUGUGAAGCUCAGUAGGGACACCACCAUUGAGAGCAAAAGAAUAAUAUUUUUGCUCCAUUCUAUUGAUAAGGAAAGUAAACGUGAAAAUGUUUUAACUGAGGCUCAAAAUCGUAUCAGCCAACUUAACUCUACUAUCUUUAAGGACAUAGCAAAAGAACUGAAAGGCCAAGAUCAGUACCAGUAUAUACGAGCAUUUUCUGCUGGUGUUCAAGAAUAUAUCGAAGCUGUAACAUUCCUAUUUUAUCUUAGAGAUGGAAAGUUACCUCAUUGGAAUGAAUUGCAACAGAAUUUAAUUUAUGAAGAGGACAGCAUUUAUUUGGUUCCAGUUGAAUUUUUUCUGGGCGUUGGUGAUCUCACUGGGGAAUUGAUGAGAUGUUGUAUCCAGAGCCUGGGUACAGGUUCUACCAAAAGCUGUUAUGAGGCUUGUUCUUUCGUACGGGAUAUCUACAUUGGCUUCAUGGGUGUUAGUAACACUGGCAACAGGGAAUUUAUUCGUAAGCUGUCAGUUCUAAGACAGUCUCUGUCAAAGAUGGAAAUGGCCUGUUACACUCUGGCUGUCCGUGGAAAUGAAAUGCCAAAGCAUAUGUUGGCUGAUGUCUUUAACUCUUCGGAGCGUCAUGAAGAUGGAGCAGAUGAAGGUUUCUGUGUUGACUAAUUCUAUGACCUUGCAAUAAUUGUGAUGUAUUCGGGUUGAGAUAGCAUUUUCUUUUCUUUCUUUGCUAACAUGUAUCUCAAUUAUGAAAUGUACACAUUCUUAUCACUAACAUA